ACAGGCCAGCCGCAGCUAGCAAACAACGUAAACACAGGAACAUCUCUGGGUGAAUCGAGUCAUUUCAGCAAUAAAGCUUUUGGUUUUUUUUGUUGCAGUUUAUUGGAGAAUAGCUACAUGAUGUGGUAGUUUAGCUAAAAGUCUUCUGAUCAGCCAUGUCUGUUUGGAUUUCGGAAUAACCAAGGCCUUGGAGUUGCCCUGCUAACGGACGCCCAUGAUUCAGCUGGAGAAACCAGUGCUGACUGGUACCAUGCCUGUGGUAUGGCCCACCAUUCUUGACCUGGGCAGGGAUGAGUGCAAAAGAAUUCUCCGUAAACUGGAGCUGGAGGCUUAUGCGGGGGUUAUCAGUGCCCUGCGAGCCCAAGGAGACCUGACAAAGGACAAGAAGGAUCUCCUUGGAGAACUCACUAAAAUCCUUGGUAUCUCAACAGAGCGCCAUCGUGCAGAAGUGCGCAGGGCUGUCAAUGAUGAACGCCUCACCACUAUUGCAUAUCACAUGUCCGGUCCUAACAGCUCAUCCGAAUGGUCCAUUGAAGGACGCCGGCUUGUCCCCUUGAUGCCGAGGCUGGUCCCUCAGACAGCCUUUACUGUAACUGCUAAUGCUGUGGCCAGUGCCACAGCCAAUCAGAACGCCUCCCUUCUGUUGCCGGCCGAAACGGGGAACAAAGAAGUGGUUGUAUGUUACUCCUACACAAGCACCACCUGCACCUCCACCAGCGCUACAGCGACCAGCGGCACCAUAGGAGCGACUGUGAAAUCACCACGACCACCAAGCCCUUCGUCCAACGUGGUGGUGCUGCCCAGCGGGAGCACGGUCUACGUAAAAAGUGUGAGCUGUUCUGACGAGGACGAAAAGCCUCGUAAGCGAAGGCGGACUAAUUCCUCUAGCUCGUCACCGGUGAUGCUGAAAGAGGUUUCCAAGGUGUCCCCACCGGUAUCCAAGAACAUUACAGUGCCAGUGAGCGGCAGCCCCAAGAUGAGCAACAUCAUGCAGAGCAUAGCCAACUCGCUGCCGCCCCAUCUGUCCCCCGUUAAGAUCACCUUCACCAAGCCCACUAUCCAAACCACCAACACCACCACACAGAAGGUGAUUAUCGUGACAACUUCUCCCAGCUCCAACUUUGUGCCCAACAUCCUGUCCAAGUCUCACGCUCACAACAACGCCGCUCUGUCCAAGCUGGUCUCCACCUCCAUACUGACCACACCCACCCAGAAACAGACAGUGGUCUUCCCUGCGAGCACCAGCCCUUCCUCCAACACCAUCGCAGUGACCACAGUGGUCUCCUCUACUCCUUCAACGGUCAUGUCCACUGUCGCAACAUGUGCAGCUUCAGCUGGAGUGAAGGUGGCUUCAGCCAGACUUCCUUCACCUAAGACCCUGGUGGGGUCACCGGCUCAGAUUCUGGCCCAGUUUCCCAAACAGCAGUCACCCAAGCAGCUGCAACAGAGCUCAUCCAUGGGAGCCUGUAGUGUGAGCCAGACCCAGACCACCAGCACCUCACCGGGCUCCAAGCCCACCAUCCAGAUCAAACAAGAGUCCGGGGUCAAGAUAAUCACUCAGCAGGUUCAGCCCAGUAAAAUCCUGCCCAAGCCCUCAUCGGUGGCUUUGUCCAGCAGCAGCUCGUCCCCCAUCAUGGUCGUCAGUAGCAACGGAGCCAUCAUGACCACCAAACUGGUCACUCAGCCCACAGCUACCCAGACCACAUAUACGAGACCCACUGUUAGCCCCAGCCUCGGCGCCAGAAUAUCAGCCUCCAGUGGUGGCACCACCUAUGUUAAGACCACCAGUGGCAGCAUCAUCACAGUGGUACCAAAGUCUCUGGCCACUCUGGGUGGGAAGAUCAUCAGCAGUAACAUUGUCUCCGGCACAACGACGAAGAUCACCACAAUCCCCAUGACCUCCAAGCCAAAUGUCAUCGUGGUUCAGAAAACCACAGGAAAAGGGGCAACAAUCCAAGGACUACCUGGCAAGAACGUGGUCACCACACUUUUAAAUGCUGGGGGCGAGAAGGCCCUGCAGGCUGUUCAGGGGACAAAGCCAGCGAUCAUCACCGCCUCCAGACCCAUUACAAAGAUGAUCGUCACCCAGCCCAAAGGCAUGAGCUCCGGAUCCCAGUCCACCGCCACCAAGAUCAUCCCAACCAAGAUCGUCUACGGCCAGCAGGGCAAGACACAGGUUCUCAUCAAGCCUAAGCCUGUCUUCCAGACAGCGGUAGUGAGCGAACAGACCAGGCAGCUGGUCACUGAGACGCUGCAGCAGGUGACCCGCUCAGUAGACAUUGGGGGCCAGGGUCAGACCUCAGGCCAGGACGGGUCCACAAAGGACGAGCCAGGGGGUAGCUUAGCUGGCGAAGCUUCCCAUGGCAGCACUCAAGAACCUCAACCUGUAGUGCAUGUGGUGUCCUCCAGAGAGCAGGAUUGGACAGAGCAGGAAAUAUCAGUGGAGUCUAGCCCCACUAUUAUUUACCAGGAGGUGUCUGGUGGGGAAUCCCAGUCUGCCACCUCAACCAUCAAAGCAUUACUGGAGCUGCAACAGACAACAGUGAAGGAGAAGGGAGAGGCCAAACCCAGACAGCACACCAUCGACCUGAGCCAGAUGGCCGUGCCCAUCCAGCUGGCCCAGGAGAAGAAGCCUAGCCCUGAGUCCCCCAGGCCCUCCACCUCAGAGGCUGAGCCCAGCACUGACUACGUCACAGCAGGUAAGGUCGGCAGCAGAGUGGGAGCACCCUCAGAAGAUGACAACGUGGUCAUGUCCUCCAGCCAGCAGCUGGGGAAGCCAUACAAAAUCAGCAGCCAGGUUACCAUGGUAGCCAAACCGGCAGCUACCGUAUCCUCUGCAGGCUCAGCAGCUACACACGUCAGCCACAUGCCCUCUGACAGCCACAAUAAAACUGAAACUGUUUUGGAGGUGGGCGAGCUGGAAGGCGACACCUUGGACCCUCAGACGGGCUUGUUUUACCGCUCCAGCCAACCAGCUACAGAUCCCAUGAAGCAAACCACCCACUCCGCAGCUGCUCAGCCGCCUCCCUCGAGCCAGGCAGAAGCCGAGCAGAGUCGGCACACCUCCGCUUCCACUCAGCCGCCACAACUGCAUAGCAAACCUCAAAUCAGCCAGCCUUCCUCAUCCUCCACUGCCUUCCCCUCCACUCUUCCUCUGACAAAGAAACUCCCAAAACUACGAGAGCAGAGUCAGCCCAAACCUCAGGCCUUAACCCAGAGCCCCAAAGACAGACCCCUGACUGUUCCAGCCCAACCUGGGGCAAAGGUCCCGACCCCGGGCACACCAACUAAGCCCCUGUUGACGCCGCAGCUCCCCAAGCUUCAGCAAGCACCCACAUCCCACCACAGACCCCUGCACACACCAAUGUCCCACCCUCCUCCACUGCAGGCGCACCACCCUGUCAGCACUGAAAAGACUGCCUCCAGCCAGCAGCCAAUUAUCACGCAGAGCGCCACUGUCACCAAAAUCACCUUUGGCAGCUCCCACCAUCCAUCGCCUGUCUUCAGCAGCGGUGAGGCCACUGCCAAACUGAUCCCUGAGUCCAGCUCGGGGCCCUCUGGAGACAAGCCCUCAGUGUCAGACAUCCUGAAGAUCUCCAUGAUGGAGGCGGAAAUCGAUCCGAGCACAGAGCCCAUGGUGGUGGAUUCCUCCAGCGACUGCGGCCCGCUGGGGAAAGCCCUGGAGGUCCAGGCCGUGUCAGGCACACUGGACUCGGGCCAGUUUAUAAGCAGCUCUGGGGCCUCCAUGCAUCACUCCCACACAAAGCCCCAGCAGUUCAGCUGCAUGCAGGGCCUCACAGCACAGAGGAGCAAAGAAGACCUAGAGGUCAUUGAGGUGAUUCCUCAGUACUCUAUCCUGCCGGACUCCAGCCAAUCCAACGUGGUGGUGGAGCCCAGCGGCUUCCUGGAGAUCACCAACUACACCAGCCAGCAGCUGGAGGAGGACAGCCCCAUGGAGCAGGAGGUGGACAGCAGCAACGACGAGGCCACAGCAGCCAGCCCCCCAGACCAACCAUAGACACUCCAUGCUAGAGAUACUGCUGGUUUGUGGCCUCAGACCCCGUGGACAAAGACUUUCUGUCAGUUUUUUUAUAGUGCAGGAGCAAAAAUGCUUUUUGUUUUUGUGUAAAAUAUUAAUUUGUUUAUAAUAAGCCUUUUUUUCUUCCCCACAACUAAUGGCACAUAUGGUUUUUAUUGCCAGAGAGGAGCGCUGGAUGUAAAAUGUGGGAGUGAGGUGAAAGGAUUAGUUUUAGUGCAGCCCCAGACACUUGGAAUGCGGCCUUUCCAAACAAACUUUGCAAGACAGUUACACAUUCAUGAAAUUGAUUAUUUGGGCAUUUUGGCUCCGUACCCUGUGCCACUGUAAGUUCAGUAACAUACAGCCUGAUCAGACCACUGCAGGCCUGCAUUUAUGUUUAAUGUCCAGAGUAUUUCAAAAGACAUGUUCUACAAUUUUUGUACAAAGCGACUCGCCUGUUGAUGGACAUCUUCUAUUGAUGACGUGAAGGUUUUACCACCAGAUGAACAGUAUGUGCAGCUUUUCAACAGAAAGAUCUCUUAAACGCUUAUGGGACUUAAGUUUUCAGAAGAGAGAACAAAGCUGGAGCAGAUUGAAAUUGCUGCGUGGAACAUAAACCAGAAAAAGAGUCCUAGAGGAAGGAUAACAUAUGUGUUACUGUUCAUUGUAACUGAUGUAAAAAGAAAAAAAAGGAUUAACAAAUGUUUUUUGUAAGAUAUAUUCUGGAGUUCAAAAAGUUGCUGUGAGAAUUUCACUAAAUAUGGAUUUGCUUCUGCAUAGUGUGUUUAAACUAUGCAUUUCUUUUAUACCUUUUCAAACUAGAUAACUAGUUGGAAAAAAACAUUACACAAUAAAUCCGCUGAGUAGAA